AUGAAUACAUUCAUUUCCAUACUCUUCACAACAGGAGUGUUAGCAGAGAAGCCAUGCAUACGAAAAGACAUCCCGGGAUCGGAUUACGUGUGUGUCUGUAACCACACCUAUUGUGAUGAAUUGCCGUCCAUUGGCCGUCAGUCGACCGCACCGGGAGUGGCACUGGUCUACGAGAGCACUAAAUCUGGCCAUCGAUUUAAACAAACUUUAUUAAGCUUGGUCAACUCAACACAUACUGGACCUAAAAAUGUGACCAAAAAACACCAGACAAUAACCAUCGACACAGAUCUCGAGUACCAGAGGAUAUACGGGUUUGGGGGCGCCUUCACAGACACCACCGGAUGGCUGUUAAACUCAGUGCCCUAUCAGUUAUCGCUGUCUAUUAUCGAUAGUUAUUUCUCGACCACCGGUAUUGAGUACUCGUUCGGUAGGGUUCCCAUAUCGGGCACCGACUACUCUGUCCGGCCCUACACUUACAACGAUGACCACAAUGACAAGGAUUUAAAACAUUUUUCGUUACAACAUGAGGAUUACCUGUGGAAGAUACCAUACAUCAAAUUGGCCCAGAAGUUGAGCCCACAUCGGGUCAAACUGAUCGCCACGUCUUGGAGUCCUCCGGCGUGGAUGAAGACCAUCGAAAAGAUCAAAGUAUUCGCACCUCUGAAGGGAGAGCCCGGAGGAGAGUACUACCAAAUACUCGCCAAUUAUUUAGUAAAAUUUCUGAAGGCAUACAAAGCUAAUGGUGUGGACUUUUGGGGUCUAACGGCCCAGAAUGAGCCGGUGCAGGACCAUGGUAUUAAUGGACUCAACAUGACCGCAGCGCAGGAGCGUGAUUUCAUCAAGCUACAUUUGGGACCCACCCUUAAGAAGGCCGGUUUUGGCACCGAUGAGCUAAAACUGCUCAUCUUUGACGACACGUCCCCUCAUUUGCGCGAAUACGUGGACACAAUACUCAUAGACCCGGACACUACACAAUACGUGUCGGGAAUAGCGAUGCACUGGUAUUACAACGAGAUUAAGGGUCCCUUUCCUGACCUACUGUUGGACUAUAUAUUUCAAAACUAUCCCGAGUUCUUCGUCAUCAACACAGAGGCCUGUAGUCUCACCGGCGCUAUGAAUGGCAAUUGGGAUUACGCCGAGAACUAUGCCUUUGAUAUUAUUAGAGUAUAG